AUGAAACUAGGAAUAUUUUUUCUCAUUAUUUUUCUUCGCUAUGUAUUUGGUAUUGUAAAUAUUAUCAUCAGUACUCAACGGCCAUGUGAAUCUAUUGUCGAUUGCCUCUUAUAUAAUGAUUCAAAUACUGUUUGUUAUGAAGGUUAUUGUGUUUCAUGUCGCAAUUCAAGAGAAUCAUGUUCAAGUUCAUCUCAUUGUUGUGGUGCUUCACGUUGUUAUCGUCAUCGAUGUACAGCCCUUUAUAAAACUGGACAAUCAUGUCGUCUUAAUCGACAAUGUUUUGAUGCUAAUGAUUUUUGUAUAAAUCGAACAUGUACACCAUGUAUACGACUUUGGGAACGAUGUUCAUCAGAUCCUUUUGCAACACCUUGUUGUGUAGGUGAUAGUAUAUGUCGAUUUGGUAGAUGUCAACCAGCACGUACUCAUUCACAAGCUUGCUUAAGUGCAUUUGAUUGUGCUGAUGAACUUGUUUGUCUUUCUGGUACGUGUCAAAAUCCUUUAGGACAUUGUUAA